CCUCAACUGUCAACAAUUAACUGUCAUUAUUGACAUAAUUAUAGAAAAAAUAUGAAAUGUAUAAAGGCCACGAACCCGAUUCGCCUGCAGAGCUCGAAAGCCAGUUUAUUUUGCGUUUACCGGAGGAGCCAGCCCGAGUUCUUCGUGAAGCAAUAAGAAACAACAGCACUCUCAAAGACCGCGUAGCAAUUAAAAUAGAGAAUGACAUGCGACAUGGCGAAGUCCGAGUGGACCAUUGGCUUCUCCCAGCCAAAGUUAUGGACCUUCCCACCAUCAUCGAGUCUCUUAAAACGAUUGAUUCGAAAGGUUUCUACAAAACGGCCGAUAUAUGUCAAAUGCUGAUAUGUAAGGAAGAAGAUGACCAAACCACCACCGAUGAAGAGUCCCCCCAAAAAUCAAAACGCAAAGACCCCAACAAAGUGGAGAAAAAAUACUUGAUACCACACGGGAUCACGCCUCCGACUAAAAAUGUAAGAAAGCGAAGAUUCCGGAAAACUUUGAAGAAGAAAUACGUGGAAGCCCCUGAAAUAGAGAAAGAAGUUAAAAGGUUGUUGCGGAUUGACAACGACGCUGUUAGUGUUAAAUGGGAAGUUAUCAAUGAAGAUGAUGAGAAUAAAGUCAAUAAAGGCACUGUUGUGAAGAAAGAGCCUGCGGAAGCCCCCAAUCAAAACGUCGCCGAACAUGACAUCUUCGGAGGGGCUGUGAGCGACUCAGAAGAAGAAGACCCCCAUCUCAAUGUCUUGGAAUUGGAUGACAACAGCCAGAAUUCCGACAGCCACCUCACCGACUCCAAUUCCAUGAUGAUCAACACUGCAAACUCUAAAUUACUGACCGAAUUCACGAGCGAUAUGUUCAAUGAAAUGCAAAAUUCCCCGUCUUUGAUGCAAGAAAUGGAUUAUUAUCAACAAUCAUCCAGCAAUAUUUCCUACACUGAACAGAAUUUGACUAAGAGUAAUAUUCUAGCAAGAUUAGAAGAGUUGCAAUUGGAGUUGGACAAUUUGAAAAUGAGGAGGCAACACCAGGAAAUGGAAAUUGAAAACAUCGAGAAUUUGGCGUUAAGACAACGCUUUCAGAAUAUUCUAGACAGGUUGCUCCAGGAACAAAUUGAAAAGGAACAGGAGAAAUACAGUCUGGAGGAGCUCCUAAAGCAGCAUCAAGAGUAGUUUUAGAGAAAAAAUGGGCUGUAGCUCGAGUUGUAUUGUAUUGUAAUUUUUAAAUGUACUUUUUACUUAUUUUUUUUUAUGAAAAUAAAGAGCUUUUUACCAG